AUGUCGACCGCCAAUGUGACGAUUGAUGCCUACACGAUUCUAGGCGUUGAGCGAGAUGCCAAACUCCCUGACAUCAACAUUGCCUACAAACGCCUUGCCUUGAAGUUCCAUCCAGACAAGGCUGGAGAUUCCCCGGCCACCAUUGACCGAUUCAGAAAAAUUCAAGAUGCUGUUGAGGUUCUCCGUGACCAAGACCGUCGGCACUUGCUUGACGAAGCCCUGAAAAAGAAAGCCAAGAGACAUCUAGACCCCGAGGAUGACACAUCAGCUUGGGCCUACAAGCGCAACCACACUCGUCCCUCAAAGCGAGAACGCCAUAGAUAUGAUUUCUUCUAUUGGCCGGGCCUAUUUCCAGAGUCAGCAUCCAGACAUAGCCCAAGACAUCAACGCCAGCACACCUUUAGCUACUACUACAGUUAUGGAACAAGUGUGCACAUGGACCCAGAGUCCGCCGAAUCCAGGGCCAAACGAGCCCAAUUCCAAGCGGAGAAUAUCCAGUGGGAGAAUGAGUGGGCUGGUGUUGAUCCGGAAAUGCAGAAGGCACGAGCAGGGCUCCGCAAGGAAAACAUGCGAGCUCGAAUGAAGCGUGACCGAGAAGACUUGGCGAAUGACCAAGACGAAGAUACCAAAUAUGCCGAUAUAGUUGACCCGGUUGUCGAAGGAGUUUUCGACGAACUUGACUUCGCUUGUGGUCAUAAGUUGCAUGAUUUUGUGCAUGUCCUGCCUGAAGAGGAUAUGAAGACAUGCAACCCAGCUGAUACAUUUGACGAAUUUUCCUAUGAAUACGUCAAAAAGUUCCGUUCCGAUUCCGAGGGUCCCGUUCACUCGGAUUGCGCUUCAACUCCUCCGUCUACCGCUAGCGACAGUUCGUCCUUUGACUUCUCAGCAAGUAGCAACUUUACCGACUACACCCAUUCAGCCAACAAUCACUCGAAUUUCAAGUCCGCCACCGUUGAGGAUGACGAAUCUACCAGUGACUAUUCCAAAUCUGAUGUUGACAAACUCAUCAACUCCUACAUGGUGGGUCAUGAUUCAUUGCUCCCUCUAGUUUCAUUCCUCAGGCAGAAGCUCGCCGAUCCCAAUGGACGCUACACCCUCAAUGACCUCGGCGGUGAGCUCAAUGGCCUUAUUCUGGAGACCUAUUGUGGCUGGUUGGAAGAAGUUCGUCUUUCAGUCCCGAAUGCCUCGCCAUUUACAGUUCGAAAUGAUCCUAAGCUUUGCUCCCACCUUGGGCUAUGGUACAAGGAUUUCUGCCGUCUCGUGUGCAAUGUUUGCAACUUGUGGAUGCCCUCUUUCACCCUCACCUGUCCUGGCUGUGGUAUGAAGGCCUGUGUCAGGUGUAAGUUCGAUGACGGUUAUGAUUCUCUCUCGGCGUCUGUUAUGCAGGAGCAAUGA